AUAAACGCGGGUGUUGUCAAGUGGCAAAUUAUAUGUUGCUAAGGGCGGGAAGGCAUUUUGUUCUUGUGUUGUUUACACGUGUUCGCAUUUGUCAGAGAUGGAUAACAUAAUCGAAAUUCAGUUUGACUACCUUUAUUAUUCUAAGCGAAGGGUUACCCCGUUAUUUAUUAGUACGGAUGAGUUAUUGUCUUACAGUUACGAUGGAUUUUGCUCUCGAAUGUUACAAGAAGUUCCUCAUAUUGCGAAGAUGCUGCUGCCAGCCGAAUCGUUGCGAAUGAUUUUGGCGGAAGAUAAUCGACCAGAAAUUGACUUGUCUCACAAGUACUUUCAGUCCCAGAUAGCACGACUGGUAAAUAAAGGACUAAAAACAAUCGUCAUUGGUAUUGCCGAAAAUGAGUCACCGCUACCUGCACAGCCAACACAGUCAUCGAACAGUACGUGUAAAAGCCAACAUUUGACAGGACAAUCUCGAAGCAGACGUUGUCUAUAUGUAUCUCAAAACGUCGCACAAAACAACGUUGAUAAACAAGGAAACCUAAAUAUUUUGUCUGUGAAUGACAACAGCUAUAAUCUUGGUUGUAGUACCACUAUAAAUUCAAGUCCUGAACCACCAGUUUUACCUUUAGAACGACACGUGAAAAGAUACGAGGAAAUUAUUCAAAACAUUGACAAAGAAUUAACGGUGAAAAAAAUUGAACUCAAAGACCUUGAUAACAAGCUUGAAAGGGCAAACAUGCAAACCACUGGGCAUCUUUCAACAUGUGGAAAUUGCCAUUUAAAAUUAGGACACACCAGAAAAUCAUGCCAUUUCAGUCCAUGCAAAUCUGCAUUUUCGUGCGGGAUACUUUCAAAGCACGCGAAUCAAAAAUCUAAUCGAGAAAACAUUAACAAAGACAUGGAAAAACUAGAAAGCCAGUUACGAAAAGCAAAACAUGAUCUAGAAAGUGCGAAAUCGGCCGUGGAAAGAAUAAAUAACUCUGCAGAUAAAAGAAUCGAGGACAUCAUUCUAAAUGAACAGCCUCACAGAUAUAGUACAUCUUGUGGGCGCAGAAAUUGGCUAAUUUUGAACAAGGAUGUUGCCCUUUUGCAAAGCAAAUUAAAGGGUACUCUCCCAACUCAGAAAAACGUUCUGAGUCUUUUACAUUCGGUUGUAAACAAAGAAUCACAAAUGACACACACGGCUACAUCCUCGGCUACAUCAACUCAAACACGGCGAGAUACUGAUCACAGGAUGGCCCCCCAAAAGAGAGUUCUUGAAGAACAAUUUUCUAUCCAAUUUCCAACAAAGAGGCAAAACAGUGCCGCAAGCAGUAACCCUAUAUUUGUACAUAGUCAAGAAAAAGACGAUUUUCGCUUAGCCUUGCAACUACAGCAGGCGGAAAUGGAAUCAACUACCGAAAACGAAAGUUCGAGCACAGCAGUCGAAGUCUUUCAACAUGAUAUUGAUGAAACUCAGGGUGCAACAUCUGACGAAGAAUACCUACAGAUGGAAGCAGAAGCGGCGGCAGCGUUAUUACACCUGCAGAAACGAAAGAGCAAAGAGUAAAAUUGUAUAAAAAUAUAACGAACUUUAUAGUUUUCUUCAAAAGGUAGCUAUACACAUUUCUAUUUUUAGUACAAACUUGUUUAUGAAAGUCACUCAUUUUGGUAUAGCACAAGUUAUUAUAUAUUGUCGUUGUUUUAAUUUUGUUAGGGUUUGUAUAGUUUUGAACUCUGGUUUAGUUGAAUACUUAUACUAUGACACUACAAAAACAUUUCUUCAGUAUCUAGUUUAUACUGUACAUAUAUUUGAUAUUAAUCAUAAUUUAAAUAAGUGAAAUAUUUGCGGCAUAUCACAGAAAAUGACAACUGUCAUUAUUUAAUAUGUGUUUGAGAUAAAGUAUAUACAGCAUGCAUUGCACUUAAACUUGUAGGUAACCAGUGACUUCAAAAAAUCCUUUCAUGUCACUUGGGGAAAUUAACUCCAGAGAAGUGUACAUGUUUUGGAUACAUUGAGCGACAGUAAUGUCAGUGUUAUUACCGAAGCUGUAUUUCAUGACGGUACGCAUCUUACCGAACACAUAUUCCGCAGGGUUAAAGUCCGGAGAAUAUGCAGGCAUGUAUACUAGUUCAAUCUCCAGGUCGUUCAGAAAUUCUUGUAGAAUUUGACCGCCUUGGUUAUGAUGGGUGGCACAGUUGUCCAUCACUAUAACUGAACCUGGCUCUAAAACAGGUCUUGCAGUUCUUGGGUUUUCUGAAUGAUAAGCUUCUUCAAAAAAUCUAAGAAAAUCUAUAGUAUCUGCACUACCAUUUACUGUGUUGGCGUAAUCGACCCCUGUCAAAGAACACAUAAGAUUGACUGUUGUGUUAGGCGUUUCCGCGUAUCGUUGAAGUUCAAUUGCUCGUUCCCCAAUAGGAGCGUGUACGUAAGUUCGCGAGGCGUGUUGAGGAAGUUUGAGACCACACUCAUCGAAAAAUUUUAGCGUGUAUGGAUCCUUCUCAUGUAGGUAAUCUAUGAAAAGCUGUGUGUAUGCCAUAUUUUGUAGCGUAAACCGUUCUUGGGCGACAAUAUUUAACUUUUUAAAGCUGUACUCUUUACCACUAGGCAGCCGAUGUCGAACUGCCUCGGACAAUGCUGUCGUUGAAGUUGUACCGUAUGGCAAAUCGCCAAAUUCGUGCAAUUGUUGCAUGAUUUCAUCGUAUGUAAUUGUAGGUUUCUGCUGUUUCAGAAAUUCAACGUAUUGUAGGUCCCCUUGAGAAAGGUGGCUUGGGUUGCCACCUGUAUUUUUCUUCGGACUAAUGCUACCAUCUUCGCAGUAGCGCUUCCAAAUAUUAGAUACAACAGCUGAAGAUACCCCUAACUGCCGAGCAAUAUCAGUGUAUUUUCCAUGGAAAAUGCCUGUUGCACGAUUACCCCCAUUAUUAAUGAUUUUAUUGAUAAUCAACAAUCUCAAGUCAUGAGAUAAAGGUUUUCCUUGAGCAUAAAGUCGACCGUGCUCGUUUACGCGCCACAUUUUUUUGCUAUUGUAACGGUUCUUGUAGAUUGUAUUUUUUUCCGCGUUUAUUUGAAUUUAGAGAAUUUAGCAGUAGUAUUUUUGUUAAAAGUGCUAUGUAUAUAUAUAAUCUUUCAAGUGUUAUAAAUAUUUGUAAUGGAAAUCGAAAAUAAAUGCAAAAGUGAAGGUUAUAGAGUGCAUAUGUAUUGUAAUUUGACAGCUAGCUGAAUAUAAUUUUGUGCAUAGCAACAUAUAAUUGCAUGCAUGGCAACAACUGCGUUCAGUUGUUGUAACGAUCAUGCGGUCAUGACGUCAUUAAACACUCAACCUGAAUCCGCAGUAAAUGCCAGCGGGAAACUUAUCCAAGUUGGCUCUGGUGAGUAUCCGCAAAAGUCAUAUAUUCAGUGAUCUGAAUUGUGAAACAUAACCAACACUGAGCACAAAUAUGCUGUAUUUUUCAUUUUAGGAAUGUGCACUAAUUGCGAAAAGAAGUUGAAUCGGGAGCUAAAUGAGGAUGUAUCAGAUGUCGUAAUGGAUUUUGAAAAUCUUCACAUUGUGAGUGUGCUAGCUGAUUGACACACGCUGCAUGGGAGCUGUAGAACACAAGGAAAGCAAGCAGCAUAGGCCUAAAAAAUCACCUGUGGUUCCGGUUCCCGACCGACCCUAUUUUUUUCUGCCGACCCUAUUAUUUUUUCAACGCAAUUAGCCUUUCUCAUGCCGCCAUUUUUCGGUGGCUUUUCAGCCGAAGUCUGCGAGAUAAGUCCACAUAACAGCGACGUUUUAUAGUUUUUUUGGACGAAUGAUGGUAAAUUUGCUCGGUAAAUGGUUAGUUUAUUUUAAAAAAUUGCUUUUCACAUUGUUUUAAUUGUCUGCAUUGGUUGACGAGAAUUAGAUGCCACCCAAAAAUGGCGGAUAUUCGUCAGCGUGAGAAAGGCUAAUUGACCGUGCGACCCUAUUUUCUUCGGGUGAUUGCGGGCUGCUGCCAAAAUGGCGUCUGUACGUUGUCACACUAAUUGUUGAAAAAACCAUGAAAAAAUAUUGAAAAAAAAUUAUUUCCGACCUACCGACCCUAAUUUUUUUUGCGAUAUGAAACCGGAACCACAGGUAUUUUUUUAGGCCUUAGUGAUUCUCUUGCUUAUGAGUGCUAUUCAGCACCAAAAGUAUUUUUUAUAAGUAUAUUUGAACAACUGUGUGUGAGCAUGUCUUUAUCCACUUACAAACAUAGGCGUAUGGGACGGGGGGGGGGGCAGGGGGCAGCUGCCCCCAAAAAGAUUACAAAGUCGGGCAAAUGUUCAACAAAAGUCGGGCAAAAAGUAGUCAAAGCAAUAAAAUCUCUCUUAAUAAUAACCCCAGUUUGUUGGGCAAACAAAGCCAGUUGGGCAAUAUUCACUUCACAGUCGGGCAAUAUUAGCCUACGGUGUAGACCCCAGCAGAAACACGUUUCGUGAGGGGUCUACAAAUAAACGAAGAAAAGCUUGUCCGGCUACGUCAUAUCCGUUUUGGGUAAAUUAACUUCAAUUUAUUCAAAUCUCUGAAGCGUGCGUGAAUGUAAAUUUUCGUUUGGCGCUUAUUAAAAUGUUCCAUGGCGGGCUUUGUGCAAUAAAAUAUACCCUGACUAUAUAUAUAUAUAUAUAUAUAUACCCAACCAUUAAACACAUGUUCGAACGGACUAAAAAGUUCUUGUCAUUCGUACAAACUGUUAGGCUUGAAGGCUUAAAACUUGUCAAGAUAUCUAAUUUCCGAAGUCGAAGACAAAGUCGAUUUCACACUAUUAAAUGUAGCCGGCUCGAAUCCUAGUUGGUUCACGACAUUUAUCAAUAGCGUUUAAUGCUGUUUCGUGCACGUUGGUUAUCGUAUUGUCUAGGCUCUAGCUCACAUAUUAAACCGUUCUUUGAAGCUUUUCCGUUUCACCGUUUGUUUACCAAUGCCAGGCGGCCAGGCAUGCUUUACAAAUGCUAUUUGUAGGUGAAAUGGAGAAGGAAAGGUCGUCUAACUCCUUAGGUACAGUGUCCUUGCUGUCCAAGAAUUUUAUUCGACGGAACUUUGAAGCAAAGAACACAUUUGUAUUGGACAAAGCCCGCCAUGGAACAUUUUAAUGCCUUUAAUAAGCGCCAAAUGAAAAUUUACAUUCACGCACGCUUCAGAAAUUUGAAUAAAUUGAAGUUAAUUUACCCAAAACGUAAAACGGAUAUGACGUAGGCCUGGCAAGCUUUUCUUCGUUUAUUCGUAGACCCCUCACGAAGCGUGUUUCUGCUGGGGUCUACACCGUAGACUAGGCAAUAUUGGGUUAUUAUAUAAAUAAAUAAACCCCUAAAAUGGACCCCUAAAAUGGUACACUGACCGAAAUUUUUUUGGCGACGGGUGGGGGGGAGGGUCACCAAAAUUAAUUGUUCCGAAAAAUUUUUUUGGUCGGGAAAAAUCAGAAAAAGUCUGGCAAAUUUCUUUCCGCCCCCUAAUUUUUUCCUUCCGGUACGCCCAUGUACACAAACACGGUAAUCUUUCAGUAUAUCAACCGAUUAGAUAAUCAGCCAUGCGGUUUAUAUUUUGUAAUAGUUGAUGACGACCACCAACAUCUUCUAGAUAUAGUAGUAAAUUACCACAGAGCUUGCAACAAUGUCGAUUCCACCCUAUCGGAAGCACUUACUGAAUGCUACAACAAUGCCAGUCAUUGGAGUACCCACAGAUAGAUUCUGUCGAUCAUUGCAGAUAAGGUAUCGUACAAAGAUCUACAAAAAUGGAUACCAGACAUAUCCAGGUAUCGUUAUAAUAUUGCCAGACAUCAUCGUCUUUUGCAUGGUAGAGGUUCAGUUGUUCCUGUCCAUUCAUCUGCUCGGAUACAUGUUCUACCGGAAAAACUUGACCACUUCCUGUCUUUCAUUACAAGUGCGCAUAUCGUUCAAGAUUUACCCUUUGGAGAGAAGUCCCUUAAACUGUCCUCAAACGUUCAAGUAAAAGUACCAAAUAUCAUCAGAACAAUGAUUCCUGCGCAAAUUGUGAAACAGUACGAAAGUCAUUGCAACGAGUCUGGCUUUUCUCCAAUGAGUAGAAGUACCUUAUGCCGUAUAUUGAAUGUGUGUUCAGCGUCCGUACGAAAAUCGCUACAGGGUCUCGACAACUUUUCUGCAGAAGGAGCUAAAGCGUUUGAAGAACUGCAAGAGAUCAUUGAGAAGCUAGGAGAUGAAUGUGGGAAAGGACUCACGUGGGCAAAGAAGCAGAAUGAGAAGUUGAAAAAGGCAAAAAGAUAUCUAAAAACUGAUUACAAGGUAAUGUACCCUUCACACUAAGAUCUUGUCAUAUUCGAUACUUUUUUCGGCAACUCUCCUGCUUUCGGAAUUCCCUGAGGGUGGAGAAUUUGGUUUGCAUCACGGCUUAUUAAUAAUGAUUUCGAACAAAGCACGGAGGUAUUUACUAUAAUCAUUAAUCGGAACUACUGUUUGGUUUUUAAUAACAGGGAUAAUAGAUAGAAUAAUAUUGGAUAUUAAUUAAUAAUAUUGUAAGGGUAACAUUAAACAACUACAAGUUAGACGAUAAAUUACGAGAACAAUAAACAUUUUAUAUCUUAUAAAUUAUAUAUGCUUUACUCCCGCCCACCCCCAACCUCCACCCCACACACACACACGACGGAUCGGCUCACUUCAUACGUUUUCUCUCUGGACAGGUUCACAUUUCCCAGGAUUCCUCAGUACCUGAUCACUGUAAGAAGUACGCUCUGAGCUGUCCCGGCGACAAAGACUACAUUUCCCAAUGUGAUCAUGACCAUAAAGAACAGUGUGACCGUUGUAAUAUAUUCCCCAAUGUGGUCGCUGAGGUAAUAAUAGCAAUUUUGUAAAUAUUAUUAGGUAAUUUGAGUUUUAGUGUUUGUCAAGGUUGUGGACAAUUUAUUUGUAAUUAUGAAUCCAUCCUUAAGGUAGUAAUGAAAAUGAUGAUGGUCGUCAUGGUGAUCAGGUGAUCACGAUAAUCAUGAUGCUAAUGACAUGUUCUUGAAUGUUUACAUGAAUAGGUGAGUUCAGUGUUAGAAAGCCUUGAGGAUGGAGCUGAAAAACACCAAAUAAAGUAUCAAUUCGAGCAAUCAAAGAACAAAAUCGGCGCAUGGAAAGCUCAUAUUCUCCGCUCCAUUAAUCAAGACCAAGCAAGGUUAGAUAUCUUAAAAAAUCUUGGUCCACACUCUGCACUCUUGGUUCUCGAUUGGGCCAUGAAGUUUCUGCCCAGAAAGUUCCGCGAGGCACAGAGUGAUUGGUUUGGAAAACGUGGUAUCAGCUGGCACAUAACAGUGGCUAUGCGAAGAAGCGAUGAGGGAAAUUUGGAAAUGGUUACUUUUGUACAUCUAUUUGAAAAGUGCACCCAGGUCAGCAGCACAGUGUUAGCCAUCAUUGACGAUGUUUUCCAUCAAAUAAAGUCAAUUGCUCCAGAAAUAACAACUCUCUUUCUCAGACAAGAUAACGCCGGGUGUUACCACUCCGCUGAAGUACUGCUCUCUGUCAACCAAAUCGCUACCAAGCACAACAUGAAGCUAUCCAUGGAUUUCUCUGACCCACAGGGAGGAAAAGGGUCUUGCGACCGCAAAGCGGCUACAAUUAAAACCAAAAUGAGAAUUCAUCUCAAUGAGGGUCAUGACAUCGAGACAGCGGAGCAAAUGGUGGCAGCCAUAGAAUCACAAGGCGGUGUAUCGGGGGUACGAGUAACGUUGUGUGGCCCACAAGGUGAUGAAGUGCCUUUUCCUGUAAAAUGGGAAGGGAUCAGCUUCUUAACAACAUGAAAUUCAGCAAAGAAGGGAUCAGAGUAUGGAGAGCCUAUGGUAUUGGACCUGGCAAACUUAAGUUAUGGGACGAUUUUAGCGUGCCCAAAGAUUAUCUUCCACCAACACUCAAAGAUCCACAUGAAGUGAGCGCCCAUACCGCUUCAGUUUCAUUUACUAACAUCAUGACAAGACGACAAUCCAAAGAAACCACCGUGCCUGAACAGUUUGACUCUGCAGGAGAGGACGCUACAGAUGAAGACAAUCAAAAUGCUGAGAGCUUAUUCUUUUGUUCUGAGGAAGGCUGUGUCAUGUCCUUUCAGCGACAUUCCUCACUUCAAAACCACCUCGAUUGUGGGAAGCACAAGUACGCUCUAGAGUGCGAAACUUUAUUUGAUAAGGCAAUAAUUAUGUACGCAUCAAAGCUUGAACAAGGAGCAACUUGUGAUGUACCACAGAUCUGUGAAGACAUUCCAGUUGACGUUGUAGCUACGCCGAUUCUGAAUAUGGGCUGGGCCCUUAAAAGUACCAAGGAGUACAAACGACUAUCGGAGAAACAAAAGACAUAUUUACUAGAUACUUAUCAAGUCGGUGAGCAGACUGGUCAAAAGGCUGAUCCUGUGUCCGUUUCAAGAACAAUGAAGAGGGCAAGGCUCUCCAGUGGCGAGCCUAUGUUCACAGCUACCGAAUAUCUGACGGCACAGCAAAUCGCUAGUUUCUAUUCGCGUGAAACAGCAAAGAGGAGGAAGGCUGCCGCUGGAUUUUCAACUACAUCCCAGAAGGAUAAACAAGAAGUCAGUACAGAAGAAUUAAUACAAGAUUUACAUUUUAAGGUCCUUAAUGCAGUUUCCUCUCGCCAUCCAAUAAUGUAUGACACAUAUAACCUUUGUGACUAUGCUUCACGCAAUAAGCUCGACAGAUUUUCAAUUUUGGUGCUACAAGAUAUCUGUUCCUUUUUCGAACUACACUUCUGGCAUCAAAGGCAAACGCAAGAUUAA